CACUGUGAAAAUAAGAAACGGCCUAAAUUGUAAAUCCUCUCUUCCAUCAACCAUUUCAUUUUCUCCUCUUCUCACUUAUUCAUGGCAUCUCUCUUUUUCAGAAGAAUUUUUAGGGUUUAUGCUCAUAUUAGUAGUACCAAAUCCUCACUCUCAUCAUCAACAACACUCUACAAUGAAACCAGAAGAACUUUCAGAUCCAAAGCAGCAUUAGAAUCCCUAAUUACAGCAGCUGAAGAAAAAACCGCUAAUCUAAUUCUUUACAAUUACCCUUCAUUUUCUGGUUCUUAUUCAGCUCUCUUUGCUCAGCUUUACUAUACUCAUCUUCAAAUUCCUCAUCUCAUUUUGCCUUUCUCUUCAGUUGAACCUUUCAGGGUUGAAGAUUUGAAUAUAGGAGGAACUGUUGAUACAUGUUAUCUCCUUGAUUUUGUUGGGCCUAAAGGAUUCACUGUGAAACUAUCUAAGGUAUUUAACAGGGUUAUAGUGUUCGACCACAGUAAAUUGGCAAUGUCAAAGGUUCCCUCCAAUGAGGAAUGUCCAGAUAACUUAGAGUUGAAUAUCAAUGUACAUGAGAGUAGUUCCAAAGCUGUUUAUAAUUACUUCUUGAACAAACUAUUGGAUACAAACUGUACACUUGUUAGAAAUGAAGAUAGAGACCGUAUUGAAACACUACUUAAGUACAUUGAAGAUGGUGAGCUGAACAAGUGGAACUUACCUGAUACUAGAGCGUUUGAUAUCAGUUUGAAAGUAGAGCGGCGGAAGCUGAAUUGCAUUACUAAUCCAUACAUGUUUGAUCAGUUAAUGCAACUGGAUCCCACUGAUUUAAUUACCCGGGGAAAUGCUUACAUCUCUUCUCGCCAAAAUGCCGCAAAUAAGUUACUGGAUAAACCUUUCAAAAUUCAUUUGGGCAGAGGUUUCUAUGGAGAAUGUUUGGGAAUUAGAGCUGAUGGGAACGCAAACUUAAGCGAUGAAAUUGGAAAAGAACUUAGUUUAAGAAGUGCUGCAGCUGGCUUAAGGCCCAUAGGUGCAGUUAUUUACAUGCAACGAAAAAAUCUCAAGAUGUGCCUGAGGAGUAAUGAUAGUAGCACUGACACCUCUGAAAUUGCUAAGGCUUAUGGUGGGGGAGGCACAUCAGCUUCCAGCUCCUUUAUCAUAAGAAUGGAUGAGUACAAUGAAUGGGUCUCAGGGCGUUCACGCAAAGUUUGCAAGGUGUUUCAUGAAAAGACUUUUUAAAGUGGCAUAAUCUGCGACAUCUACAAAAUGAUUUUAGAGAUAUCCAAGCCCUUUUGGCAGGAAUAUGAGGAUGUCAAAUGGAUAUUACCUGAUUCUAACGCGUUUAAUAUCAGUUUGAAAGAACAGCAGCGAGUGAAUUGCAUUACUACUCCAUAUAUGUUUGAUCAGCGACUCACAACAUCAAUUAGGAUGGUUGCAAAAUGUGUGCUGAAGGAGCACCUCAUACUUGUGGCAAAUAGCAUGACCUGCACAGGAAAUUUGGUCAGUUUCAACACUGGUGGUUAUAAAGCAUUAUUCCGCUCACUAGAUGUCCAAAUACCAUUUACAGAAGCUACACUCUUUGUAAGAAUUUUCUGCAUGUCUGUAUACUUUGAUGGUGGAAAUAAUGUUGUAUAAGUGGCUUCGUGCCUUUGGCCUUCUUGAUCUGAUGGAAUUUUUUGAAGGAAAUGCUUUGAGAAAGCUGCUGAAAAGUGUCAUCUAGAUUCUUUGUCAAGCACAGUCGCAUCAUUUCCCUUCGGUAAGCGUGUUCCAGUUGGUACAGGAACCCGUUUUGAAAUUGUGAAAAAAGAAAGAGAUGGGACUCAAUCAAAAUGCAGUGGAUAUCUGCAACUUUCUCCAGAUAGAUGUUUAGGUGAAGAACUUGAUGAUAUGGAACUGGAAAUUGAAGACGUUGAUCUGGCCCUGUCCCCUGAGCACCCUGAUGGGCAAGGCCACCUUUGAUGACAUAGCCGAAUUCGAACCGAACUUACAGCCUAGCCAAAUAUCAGAAGGAAAUUGGGGAAACAAUUCCUCACAAACUGGUGAAUCUGGCAGCUGGGGAGAGUGGAAAGUUGACAAAAC